AAAUUAUUAACAUUCUCUCGAAAUUCGUAGAAAUUGAUGUCUCUCUAACUGAGAUUUUUUUUUGUGUGUGCUGUAAAGUAAUUCUUACAAUGCUAACACUUUGACAAUAAUUAACUUUUAGAAUGGAAUUUAUCAGUUGCCGUAAAAAGAUGAAAUUGUGCAGAUCGUAUCUACGGUAAUUUAAGAGAACGACCGGAAAGAUUGUAAAUAUAUCUUUGAAAGUGUAUUGUGAUAUAAGCAAUGGAUAGAUAGAUAGAUAGAUAUUCCUUGCUUGCAAGAGCUGUUAACCCAAUUAUUGCCAAUCCAGAAAAGUACUGCCAACUGCUGCUUCAUGCAAUUUAAAAAUAACGCAAUUAAACUUCUGUUUACGGCAACGCUAUUGGGAAGAGUAGAAAAAGCGAAUUUUGAGUAGCAAAAAUUGCUGCGUAUUUUACUCGAACGUGAUUAAUAUACUCUAUAGAUUUUGGAAAAAAUUUUAUAAAUUCUAAAUUAUUUACACAACCUGCAUUUUUUACGAAAAAUAGUUGUAAAUAUUUAUUAUGCAAAGUUAAAAAUACGAAGAAAAGUUGGAAAAAAUAUUUAUGGUUAGGUUGGCCACAUCUAAGUAUUGCUCUUUAGAACUGCAUGUGUCUGGCGAACUUCAUGUCAGUCCAAUCAAUAAAACUGUUCAAUAUUAUUUUUUUAUAAAAUAUUGGCACAAUUCAUGGUUUACAGUGGGAAAUAAAUUAAGAAGAUAAGUUUCGAGUUCGGACACUCCCUGUUAUAUUUUGCGUUGCUCAUUUAUAAAAGAAAAUGUUCGAGUCCCACUAUAUGAAUGCAAAAGUGGCGGAUAGUAGCAGCUCUUGUGAAAGUUGUCCGGAAGCAGUUACCCAAUUUUCACCAUCCCCUAGCACAGGUUGUGAUAAUGAAAAAAAGAUAAUUUUACCAAUCACGGAAGGACCAACGGGAUCGGUUAGCCGAAAAACAUCAAUGUCAGAAAGUCAACAGUUACAUCCAUUGCUACAGAAGUUAUCUCAGGAGCAUUUCAGUGAAUUAGUGCCCGACCAUCAGUGCCCGCUCUGUUUUCAAGCCAAGCGACAUCAAGAGACCAUUGAAGGCUUAAAAUAUGAACGCCAACCUUGGCGUAUACGCGAGCGUAUGAAAACAGCAAGUGUGGCGCUGGUGUUAUGCUUGAAUAUAGGGGUCGAUCCGCCAGAUGUAAUUAAGAUUCAGCCAUGUGCUAGGUUAGAAUGUUGGAUAGAUCCGUCGUCGGUGUCUGCGCCUAAAGCAAUGGAUAUGAUCGGAGCUAAUCUUCAAAUGCAAUACGAACGUUGGCAGCCUCGUGCUCGCUAUAAGAAAUGCCACGACCCCACAGUGGAGGAUGUAAAGAAGUUAUGCACGUCUUUGAGGCGAAAUGCUAAAGGAGAGCGUAUUCUAUUUCAUUAUAAUGGCCAUGGAGUUCCGAAACCAACGGCAAACGGUGAGAUUUGGGUUUUUAACAAGACCUUUACUCAAUAUAUACCACUCAGCAUAUUUGAAUUGCAAAACUGGAUGGCCGCUCCUUCAAUAUACGUAUACGACUGUUCCAACGCAGGAAUUAUCAUACAAUCUUUUCUCCAAUUUGCUGAACAACAUGAACGCGAAAUGGAAAAAGCUGUAGCAGCAAGUAGUCAACGUAUUCCUUUGGGUGGACAGCCGGCCCAACUGCCGCCAAUAAUCAGUUAUAAAAACUGCAUACAUUUGGCUGCUUGCUCAGUCAAUGAAAUAUUACCAAUGAAUGCUCAAUUGCCAGCCGAUUUAUUUACUUCUUGCCUCACGACUCCCAUAAACAUAGCUCUUAAGUGGUACACCAUGCGAGAAAAUUUUGGCCUAGUUCCAAGACUGCACAGUGAAUUUAUUGACAAAAUACCUGGCAAAGUAAAUGACCGUCGCACCAUGAUGGGUGAACUGAAUUGGGUAUUUACAGCAAUCACAGACACAAUAGCGUGGAAUACAUUACCUCGGGAACUGUUUCAAAAAUUAUUUCGUCAAGAUUUGCUCGUAGCAAGUUUAUUUCGCAAUUUUCUUCUGGCGGAACGAAUACUUAGAUCUCAUGAUUGUACACCGGUCUCCCAUCCAGCCUUGCCGCCAUGUUUCCGUCACCCUAUGUGGACGGCAUGGGAUUUAGUGGUUGACUUAGCUCUACGUCAAUUACCUGAUAUUCUGGAAAGGGGAGCACCAUAUCGGCAGCUUCCAUUUUUUGAAGAACAACUUACCGCUUUUCAAGUGUGGCUUGACAGAGAAUCGGAAUCUCGCACACCUCCAGAACAAUUGCCAAUAGUUUUACAAGUUCUACUAUCCCAAGUACAUCGUUUACGCGCAUUAGAAUUACUGGCAAGAUUUUUAGAUCUCGGUCCCUGGGCAGUCAACCUAGCUUUAGGCGUUGGCAUCUUUCCUUACGUACUUAAAUUAUUGCAAAGCUCGGCAAAGGAAUUACGUCCAGUUUUGGUAUUUAUUUGGGCUAAAAUUCUGGCAGUUGAUCCUUCCUGUCAAGUAGAUCUGGUCAAGGAUAACAAAUAUUUUUUAUCGGUGCUUCAGGAUCCCGGCGUACCCAAGGAAUAUCGUACUCUGUCAGCCUUUGUGCUUGCGUGUAUAGUUAACAAUUUUCUAUUGGGUCAAACAAGUGCAUUACAAGGUUCAUUAGUUUCUAUUUGCUUGGAACAACUUAACGAUGAUAGCUGGCUUCUCAGGCAGUGGUUAGCAAUAUGCUUAGGCAUGCUAUGGCAGAAUUUUGAAAAAGCGCGGUGGUCCGGUGUUCGAGAUUUAGCGCAUGAAAAACUUUAUUCUCUACUUAAAGAUCAGAUACCAGAGGUGCGCGCAGCUGCCGUUUUUGCUUUGGGUACUUUUAUUAGUUCAGUCAGGGAUCGUUCUGAGGAACAUGCGAAUAAUAUUGAUCGCAUUAUAGCAAUUACUUUAUUAGAGAAUGUGGGUGAAGACAUGUCACCAUUGGUGCGUUUAGAGUUGAUUGCGGCUUUACAAUGGAUGGUGUUACUUUUUGAAUCGCAAUUCGUCACAGUUUAUAUGCAAGAGAACAUGGUCUCUUCUUCAGCAUUAAACGAGCGCGGAACGAACGUCAGUCACAUAAUUCCAGGGGUACCAUUUUCUACGGUUAUGCCUGGCAUCCACCAUCAUUCCACUCACAGUUUGGAACGUAAUUUCUCUAUGCGUCGAGGAGCCAGUUCGAGUUCUAUUUCGAAUAUUAGUUCUGCUAGCAUACCAUUUUAUUCGAUUUUCCUCAAAUUAUGGCAAGGUAUUUACCAAUUGGGUUAUGAUCCCUUUCCUAAAGUAGCGGAAACAGCCCAAAAAAUCAUUGCGUAUAUAAGGGAUGCGGCCCUGUGCUUGAUUACUGCUAAGGAAGCGACAACGAAUGAUAAAUGCCUUAGUCUGAGUGUAAGCUUACCGCCAAGUCCAAAUACGAAAAUUUCCUAUUUGAGCGGGAGUAACGGGGAGUCACCGCCCGUGGUAAAGGGUGACGUACUUGAUGCCGUGCAAUCUAGUGCUAGUCAUUGGGCAUCAAAAUUUCGCACUGUAUCCAAUGAGCCUCAAGCUAUGCUGCAACGUAAGCUACGGACUACGUCUAUGAACGACGAAACUGAUAGUGCUGCUCCGCCUCCUACCUCAACGACAAAUGAGUCAUUUGGCAAUGGCGGUGGAGAUGGCUCCGCUUCUGGUCACAGCAGCACCAGUGAUACAAAUUAUGAUGUCAAGUCUCAAAAUCUUAGACCUAUAGUAAUUACCGAUUUUAUUCCAUGGGCAAUUUCUUACUUCACUCGCCCAGGAAAAUAUCGAUAUUCUACCGACAAAGAAACUGAACGCGUACAAGUGUUUCGUAUCGAUAAAAAUUCGCCGGAGCUUAGGGCUAGGGAAUGUAGACUUCAACGAAAUCGAAUCGUGAGACGGAAAGCCAAAGAUCAACAGGCGCGCACUACAAGAAUAGAUCAUCAAUGUUGGAUGCGUAAAACACAGUACACGCCUUCCAUAGUUAAGUUACUGCCCUAUGAAAAUCAAAUUGCCGUAGCCUAUAAGGAGAAGGUGCUUGUUUACGACUGGCAACGCAAUACGGUAAAAACUUUCACACCGACGCCAGCGCCUGCUUUGAAGAUGUCACGUGUGCGAACAACAUCAUCGUCUACCUCAUCUCCACCAUCCGCUUAUAAUCUAUCACAAAAUCCUACAACCGCACGUGUUAGUGCUAUUGAGUUCCUAAAUCCGCAAGAUGUAGCACUCACGCUUGUCGGUCAUGAAGACGGAGUAAUUAGAAUUUGGCAGGCAAACCCAAAUGAGGCAAUUGAUGAACAAAUGCGAGAAUCAGCGGGACGCCUGGUAACUGCUUGGGUGGCAAUGCCUAGUUUACAUGCAUCUUACAAUGGUACAUCGUCCGGUACAGGCUUUGGAACAUCAUCGAAGCACUCGCGAAAGGAUACAGGUGCUGUUGAUGGCAUUGGUUUAAUCACAGCUUGGCAACAAUGUUGUCAACAAUUAAUUACUGCCGGAGGAUCAACUCGUUGCAUACGCAUCUGGGAUAUCGAACGAGAGUAUCGACUUUGUGAUAUUCCAAUGGGAAAUGAAAGUUGUGUACGAAUACUCUCUCCCUUCCCUAAUAAUGUUCGUGGCGAUAUCAUCGCAGCUGGUUGCAGUGACGGCAGUGUGAGACUCUACGAUAAACGUUGCUCUCCACAGGACUCUCGCAUUCGGGUUUAUCGUGAGCACAGUGGUGCCAUACUUAGUGCAUGCCUAAAAGACGAUCAGACUUCCUUAAUAACUGGAUGUUCCCAAGGCAAAAUUUCCGUUAUUGACUUACGUUUAAGAGCACCUAAAGGUGUUGUACAACAAUGGGAUGCGGGCAAUGAUAUUACGGCUGUUUCGAUUCAUCAGGCCGCCGAUUUGAUAGCCUGCGGUAGUGCUAAUAAAAUAGCGGUCUAUAAUAGUCAACAAGGCGGUCGAGCGCAGAGUAUGGUACGCAGCCACGAAAGCUUCAUGGGAACUAAAAUUAGUCAUCCCACGUGUUUAGCUUUCCAUUCUCAUAAAGCCUCCUUGGCAGUUGGAUUCGUGGAUAACACAGUAGCUGUGUAUGAGCCCUCGUCAGUUUUAUAAACUGUGCAAUCGCUGGCAAAUCGAAGUCGACAAAAAUCCGCAAACAUUUGACAACGUGCGUAAAUUCUUGAAAGGCA